AUGGAGAAUGAAGAUGGGUAUAUGAUGCUGAAUUUCAAGAAUGGUUGUAAAUCCAAGCAGAAAUCUAAAGAUUUCUCCCUAUAUCUACAAUGUUAUUGUCUUCUGCUCAUAUUUGGAUGCAUUGGGAUCCUUAUUUUCAUUAUGACAAUGACUGACCUAUUCUGGCGUGAAAAAAUGGAUUUCUCUCAGAAUGUAAAUAUCAGCAGUCUAUCAGGUCAUAAUUAUUUGUGCCCAAAUGACUGGCUGUUGAACCAAGGGAAAUGUUACUAUUUUUCAACUUCUUUUAAAACGUGGAAAGAGAGUCAACGUGACUGCACACAGCUACAGGCGCAUUUACUGGUGAUUCAAAAUUUGGAUGAGCUGAAGUUCAUACAGAAGAGUUUAAAACCUGGGCAUUUUGGUUGGAUUGGAUUACAUGUUACACGUGUUACAUCCCAAGGAAACCUAUGGAUGUGGAUAGAUGAACGCUUUUUAGUUCCACAAUUGUUUUCGGUGAUUGGACCAACUGAUGACAGGAGCUGUGCUGUUAUCACAGGAAAGCAGGUGUAUUCUGAAGACUGUAGCUCCACAUUUAAUGGCAUUUGCCAGAGAGAUGCGAUCUUGACACACAAUAGAACCAGUAGUGUGUAA